AUGUAUGAAAACUUAAAUUAUUCAAUUGGAUAUAUAAACACUAAUAAAAUACUCGAAAAUCCACUUUCAGUGUCUUCUAAUCCUGUUCCUUUAAUUUCUACUGAUAAUAAUCCAAAUUGGUCGGUUUUAGGUGGAUAAAAUUAGCUUGAUUAUACUGUUUUAUCAGCUGAUUAUGUCGAAAAGGUUAUAAAUUCGGAUGAUUUGAAUAUUUUAGGAGGAUUCGUUUCGGAAGAAAAUAGAAGCCAAAAAGGAAAGAGCUUCGUUUUUGAAAAUAAAAAUUUAUGCAAGUCAUAUUGA